AAAUAUUUAAUACAACCGCUGCCAAUACGUUCGCUUCAGUACACAUGGCUACCAGAGGGUUUGUCUCUUCGAUUUUUCUUCAACUCGCUCUGCAACUGCAGGCAACUUGACAACAAAAAUAACUGAACCCAUUCAUGAGCUUCCUUAUCGUUUAUUCACCAGCCGUACUAGAACUCAGCCACUGUUGAGAAGGGAAAGAAUGCAUCAAGCCUUCCGCUGCCCAGCUGAUAGCGGUCACGUGGAAUUGUUUUGACCACAGCUCAUUGCAUCUGCGUUGCCCGAGUACAACGGGGCCCGGGUUUCUGGGGUAUCAGGCUUCUGCUUAGUCACGUCUGUUUUUGCGGCUCAAACCCCCCCUGUAUCCGCUUGUGUUGACGAGGAAGCGUGACGGAUGCCUCUGAACAGCUGGUCCGAGCGAUAAAAUAAAACGGAACGUGGGUCCAUCUGUCGAUAAGCUCCACCCCCCAGUCAGCAGCUAUCGCAUUCGAAUACAAACUGGGCCACAUUACCGCUCUCAGACAGACACUAUCUAUGCGCUGGGCUGGGUUGCAUGCUGAGCUGAGGUUGUGAGGCAGUCGCUGGCUUGUGUAUCGCGUAGUAUCCACGCAGCACCCAUAGGAGUCGCGUGCAGGAUGAGCGUGGAGGCACCGGUUUGCCAACCGAUACGGACCCUGCAGGAACUGCUCGACUUCGAGAAGCUACCGGUGUUCUGGAAGAACUUGGUCGAACCGAUAGCACCGCGAUCGCGCUCGCGUAACCUCGGUGAGCACUACCAGGUACUCAACUUCGAACCGGGACCGAUCCCUACGGUACCGAACGAGUCGCGACCGCAGGUUCUGCUGUGCCACGACUUCAAGGGUAACUACCUCAACGACAAGUACAUCAACGGAGUGCAGGGCGAGGACCAGUGGGUUGACUAUCGCUUCUACAACUGGGCAGCGAUCGAUGUAUUUUGCUACUUCAGCCACAACUUUGUCACGAUACCCACGCUGCAGUGGCUGAACUGUGCGCACAAGAAUGGCGUCAAGGUGAUCGGCACGGUAAUCGUGGAACCGGGCAACGCGCAACUGCUGAAGGAUCUGGUCCAGUCGGAUGAGUUCAUGUUCCGUGUGGUCGAGGCCCUGGUGCAGGUAGCUCGCGCUUGCCAGUUCCAUGGUUGGCUGCUCAACGUCGAGUGCCCGUUGGAGACGUCCAAGGUGCAGCGGCUGUGUGACUUUGUGCGGUUGCUGACGGAGCGGUGCCACCAGGAGAUACCGGACAGUAUGGUGAUCUGGUACGACGCGAUUACCAAGGAUGGCCAGCUGGCCUGGCAGAACGAGGUGAACGCCGCGAACCAGCAAUUCUUCGCGGCCUGCGACGGCAUCUUUCUUAACUACGCCUGGUCGCGGAAGCAUAUGGAGCGAACCGAUGCCUUCAUUCGCGACAACUAUCCCGAGCGGCGCCUGCAGGUGUACUUCGGCAUCGACGUGUUUGGGCGCAGCAAGAAAGCGAAGAUGAACACAGACGCGACGCUAGAGGAGGUAAUCAAUGCACCGUUCUCCGUUGCCCUGUUCGCGCCCGGCUGGACGUUCGAGUCACAAGAAUCGUACGCCGAGCGAGAGCGGCUCGAACCGGAUGUCCGGAACGUGCGUUUUCUGCAGACGAAUGAUCGGUUCUGGAACCUGCUCUGGCGCCAUCUGUACGUGCGAGGCCCGACCGAGCUGCCCCUGUACAGCUCGUUCUGUCUCGGUUCCGGCAAGUUCUACAACCGGCUCGGCAAAACCCAAUCCAAUCAGUGCUGGUUCAACCUGGCGAAACAGAGCUUCCAGCCAACCAUCCCCUACACACCACCGAUCGAGUUUGAGACGCGCACCGAUGCGCUAUCGCACUGGACGCAUCACUUCGACGGUGCGCUCGACGGUGGUUCGUGCCUCAAGCUACGCAACGACGAGCAGGACAAGCGACUGUUUGCGUGUGAUUUCGCCUGUACCACCGAUCUGAUCGUCAGCUACGCGCUCCGACGCAACAACCCGACCGACGUAGAUCUGGCGCUCAUACUGAAGGCGCACUGUGCGGAACGGGCCGACUGCCUGCGGAUCGUCUGUGCCGGGUCCGACUGCCACGUGGCCCGGCGAUCGAACGAGAUGCGUGCCAUACCACUGCGGACGGAGCAGACACUGCAGCUGCUCAAGCUGGGCGCGCAGCCCCAGCUUCCGCUCGCCGACACCAUCAACGGCUGGGAGAUCCGGUAUUACUAUCUCUCCUCGGAGUUGCUGCACGAUCCCUCGGGUGUUCGGAUCGUCGACAUCGGCAUUAAGCUAUCGAAGAGGGAAACGGCCCAACCGACCGACUAUGCCUUGCUUGGUGCCAUCCAUCUGCAGGCCGGCUUUCUGAACCAUCGCGAAGAGAUACCGGACCGAAGUAAGCUGCUGUUUAGCCCGGCAUAGAGUGCCGUAGAGUAAUGGAGUACCAACGGUGCCUAACAGCUGUUGCUGGCCAGCUGGAACGAUGUUUUCAUCAAAGUGAAACACCACAGCCCCCCCCCCCCCCCUCCCUCCCCCUCGCCAUCCUAUUCAGUAUGAACUUUAAUCCGAAUUCGGCUGCUGGGGUAGUCGUGCUGCAACUAAUUAGCGGCGGUUGUUGUAUCUUUUAUAGAACAAUUCCAUUUUAUGUUUUUUUUUUUAUUUUUAAAUAAAUCUGGAUCCGAUAUAAAUCAUCUACCGGCAGUACACAGAUGAUCGUCGUCCACG